GGAAGAGAUGGCUUGAGAAGAGGAUGAGGCCCAUUCAGGGAGGAGCAGAGGGCUAGCGAUGGCUCCAGGCCCCCCAGUGGGAGGCAGCCAUGCUUCUGAAGGGGGAGAGAGUUGCCCUCAGAACAAAGACAGAAGUCUGUCUUCAGAAUAUGGGAAUAUGGUGCUUGAACUCCGAGUCUGGGCUGUGAUUCAGACUCAUCCAUGCUGGCCCAGGGAACAUUUCUCUUCUCCUGACUGUGUAUCAAUCUGGUAGUAGAAGAAUGCAUUUGCUUUACAGGAUUCUCUGGCACCUCUCAUUAGGACAGGCAGAACUUGGCAGAAGACCUAGGGACUCCUUCCGAUCUCCUGGGAACAGAGAUGGAUGAGCAAGACUCAGCUGGCCCUGAAGCAGGAAGAGGCCAUGCCAUCCAACAUGGGAGCAGUGGGGGAUUCUGGGAAAACACUGUGAGGAAGGAACUGGGUGAGGAGGACACCCCUUGCUCAGAGGUGCAGAGCCAGCAGUUCAGUCAGUUCUGCUACCAGGAGGCCAAAGGACCCCGAGAGGUUUGCAGCCAGUUCUACCAUCUUGACCAUCUGUGGCUGAAGCCGGAAAGGCACACGAAAGCUCAGAUGCUGGACCUGGUGAUCUUGGAGCAGUUCCUGGCUGUCCUUCCUCUGGAGAUGGAGAACUGGGUGAGGGAAUGUGGAGCGGAGUCCAGUUCCCAGGCGGUGGCCCUGGCCGAAGGUUUCCUCCUGAGUCAGGCAGAGGAGAGGAAGCAGGCAGAGCAGCAGGUGAGAGAGACUUUCCUCUGGAUACUCCCAAGGGCAUAUGUUAGCAAACUAAGGCCCGGGGGCCAGAUCUGGCCCAAUCGCCUUCUAAAUCCAGCCCAUGGAUGCUCCGGGAAUCAGAGUGUUUUUAUAUGAGUCGAAUGUGUCCUUUUAUUUAAAAUGCAUCUCUGGGUUAUUUGUGGGGCAUAGGAAUUCGUUCAUUUCCCCCCCAAAAAUAUAGUCUAGCCUCCCACAAGUUUGGAGGGACAGCGGAGCAGUCCCCUGCUGAAAAGGUUUGCUGAUCCCUGCGCAAGGGGCUCAAAAAAUGAGGGAGAGCAUCCCCCAAUGCUCUACUAAUUUGCCCAUCCUUUUUUGGAAAGCAUCCGAGGAAUGAUAUCGGACAGCCCUAAAGUGUUUGCGUCCUGAGCCAUUCCAUUUCUAAUCUACUUUUUUGAAUCCGUGUUGCUCUUUCAGGGGAAGGAUCCGUUAGCAGAAAUGGGUCCAGAUUCCUCUGAGGCAGAGAAGGCUCCCUUGGACUCCAGAGAGAGGCCUCUGGGUAAGGAGGAAGGAGUGUUUUCUUUGUUUGGUCACAUUUUGUGGAUUUUGAAGCUAAUCUGUGAAUUCUUCUCAUCUUUGGGGGGAGGUCACAGGGGACCAAGAGCCCAGGGUUUGUGUAUUUUUGCACUCUAGUAUGUGAAAUGGGUACAAACGUCCACAUUUACGUGGCAACUCCUCCUUGUUUGAAGGCGCACCUGUAGUUUUCCUUCGGAGUGAAGCAUGCGCUCUUGGCUUCCCACUUACCUUCUUCUCUUGCAGGAGACGGAACGAUGCCAGCAAGACCUGCUUGCCCAUCUUUUCUUGGUGGCGGAGGGGAAGCUGCCCCUGUGGACCCAGAGCAGGUAGGAGGAAGGGGCCAUGUGGGGAGAGAGGAUGUCACAUGGGGAGAGACUGGGGGGCACAGAGGAAUGGUGGGAGGAACCUCCAAGGAACGAAGGCUCAGGGCCAGGGGAGGGGUUUGGGGAUAAUGAUGAGAAAAGGAAGGAGACUGGGAGGAGAAGGUGUCUGAAACUGAAGAGGCAACAGGGCCUAGUGACCCGGGGGAGUCUGUGGCAGAGAGCAGUCCAGACACAGAGGCAGAAGCGGAAGCAGGGGAUGGGAGGAGAGAGGCAGAGAGGGCUCUGGUUGUUGUAGAGGCAUGGGAGUCUCCCUACCCUCCUGUGACAAGCUCUCUUCCCUGCUUGUCUCCCACAACUCGGAGAGCCAAGAGCAGGAGGAGCAGUCUCAGAUUGCAAGGGAAGAGCCCAGGAGAGGAGGGGAGUUUGGCAGUUGGGGGAAGGCAGGGACCUUCAGCCCCUGAAACACCUUCAUGGAGGCAAGACCUACAAGAAGUGUUCCUGUGCUCAUUAGGCUUCUUCUAAUAAAGGGUUAACUUCACCUACAGUGGGUAAGGCAGUGGGAUGGGGCAGCCAGAGUUGCUCGGGGUGCAAACGAUGAAACACCAUUCAGUGAGGUUUAUGUGCUGAGAACAAGGAAGUGCCACCUCACCUUCUGAAGGUCACUAAUUUUUUUUUUAACUAUUGAGGUUUUAUUUCUAGAUUGAAGGCUAAAAUAGACUGUCAGGUGGCACGGGUGGUUGCUCACGAGUAACCAGGCAGGACUCCGACCUGUCUUUUACAGGUUUUAUUUAGGUGCAAAACUAUUUACAGUGCAGAGCCCCAAAGCUCAUGUCUGCCUCAGUCGCUGGCAGAAUCCAGGAGUGCCUAUUUCCUGGUCCUCCCCCAGCAUAUAAGCCUCGUUACGCCCAGCCUUUUCCUUCCCUCUUUGCGCUUUAGACUUCUGCGCAGGGUGGGUGAUGGAAGGGGCGUGCUUUCCUCCUGGCCGGCUUGGCCAGGAGCGGGGCUGAGGCUCCCUCCAGCAUCCUCUGGUCUUUCCCCUCUUCCCCACUGGAGGUGGGGCUUUCCUCAUCACCGGAGGAGGAUCUGUUUCGCAAGAUUAUCGGAGGCUCCCUGUAACACAACUGCCCCUCUGUUUCCUGCCCCUGUUCCGAUGGCAGUUCCUUGACAUAGACUUCUGGGCAGGCUUCACGUCCUCAUUCACACAAUGGGGCUUCCCCCCCUCUCCUCACAUGCCCCCAUGUGACCUUGAAGUUGGCUUGGGGGCACCUGGAGGUCUCUCUCUCCCCCCACCCCCCAGAACCAAAAACAGGGAGAGGAGAGAAGGGAUCCUUCCAUGUGACAAACAGGAAAACCAUGAUCUGGAGAAGACCAGGUUCUUUAUGUUCAUCAUUAAAAUAAACAAUAAAAGGAUUCCAUUAAUAAUAAAUUUAAUAAUAAUAAAUUUUAUUUAUAUCCCGCCCUCCCCAGCCGAAGCCGGGCUCAGGGCGGCUAACAACAAUAAAAUAGUGCAACAUUCUAAAAACAUUUCAUUAUAAAAAUUAAUUAAAAUCAAAUUGAUGGCAACCAUAAGCUUAAGUUCUGUAAAGAUUGCCAGAGGAGGGAGUCAGGCUGUGCCCUGACCAAAGGCCUGGUGGAACAGCUCCGUCUUGCAGGCCCUGCGGAAAGAUGUCAAGUCCCGCAGGGCCCUAGUCUCUUGUGACAGAGCGUUCCACCAGAUCGGGGCCAUGGCUGAAAAAGCCCUGGCUCUAGUUGAGGCCAGCCUAACCUCUCUGUGGCCUGGGACCUUCAGGAUGUUUUUGUUUGAAGACCGUAAGUUCCUCUGUGGGGCAUACCAGGAGAGGCGGUCCCGUAGGUACGAGGGUCCUAGGCCGUAUAGGGCUUUAAAGGUUAAAACCAGCACCUUAAACCUGAUCCUGUACUCCACCGGGAGCCAGUGCAGCUGGUAUAGCACCGGGUGAAUGUGAUCCCACAGCGAGGACCCCGUAAGGAGUCUCGCCGUGGCAUUCUGCACCCGCUGGAGUUUCUGGGUCAGUCUCAAGGGCAGCCCCACGUAGAGCGAGUUACAAUAAUCCAGUCUGGAGGUGACCAUCGUGUGGAUCACAGUGGCUAGGUCAGGGCGAGAGAGAUAAGGAGCCAACUGCUUAGCUUGGCGGAGAUGAAAAAAUGCCACCUUUGUUAUAGCUGCAAUCUGCGCCUCCAUGGAAAGGGAGGUGUCGAAGAUUACACCCAAACUCUUAACGGACGGUGCUGGCACUAAUUGCACCCCCGCAAGAGAUGGGAGUUGCCCCCCCAAUCCCAUAUCGUCCCGUCCCAGCCAGAGGACCUCUGUCUUUGAAGGAUUCAACUUCAACCGGCUCCCACGUAACCAUCCAGCCACAGCUUCCAAACAUCUGGUCAGUGUGUCUGGGGCCGAGUCAGGAUGGCCAUCCAUCAACAGAUAGAGUUGGGUGUCAUCAGCAUACUGAUGGCAGCCCAGCCCAAAACUCCGGACAAGCUGGGCGAGGGGGCGCAUAAAGAUGUUAAAAAGCAUCUGGGAGAGUAUCGCACCCUGAGGCACUCCACACACCAAGGAGUGGCGCAAUGACAAUUCCCCCCCAAGCGCCACCCUCUGUCCCCGACCAGAGAGAAACGAGUUCAGCCAUUGAAGGACUGUGCCUGGAUCCCCACGUCGGCAAGGCGGUGGUCCAGGAGUUUGUGAUCGACCAUGUUGAAGGCUGCUGACAGGUCUAGAAGAAUCAGCAGCCCCGACCCGCCUCGAUCCAGCUGCCUGCGGAGAUCAUCUGUUAGGGCGACCAGAGCCGUCUCGGUCCCAUGACCAGCGCGGAAGCCGGACUGGAAUGGAUCCAGAGCCGAUGUUUCAUCCAGAAACCUGCCAAGCUGUUCAGCAACCGCUCUCUCAAUCACCUAACCCAGGAAUGGAAGAUAUUAAGACAUUAAAAUAUGCACCUGUCAGGGGUUCAGGAGCAGAGGCAAGGGCAAGGGAGGAAACAGAGAGCGAGGGGGAGGAGGCAGAAGAAAAGAUGAGUGAUGACGACGACCCGAGAUCUCCGAGUCUUUCCAGUGAAUCAGAAGAUUCACAGAAAGGAGCACCAGUGGCCAGGGCAAGGGGGAGCCUAGGGGACGCCCCAGGAAGAUAGAGCCAGAGGGGACUCAGAGGGGAGCAGUUGGAAAUCGGGACCAGCGUCACCGCCAGAGAGCAGGGAAGAGGAAGGGAGCCAGGGAUCAGCGCUGGCAGCUCACAGCAGGGGAGGGCACGAGUCAGGGUGGCCACACCUCCAUCGGGGAGCGAAGAAACGGUCAGACGGAAGGUGGAAGGUUGGGCGCGCGCGCAAGUUCAAAUGCACAGGAAAGUGGCACAGGAGGCAGCCCGGACAGCGAGCCACGGCCUACACCCCGCCGACAGGAGGGAGAAGCGCCCGGGGGGUCAGCGUCCGCGGAAUCCCGGAAAGAAGAGACCCCAGGGGGCAGAGGGACCCAGAGAAGAACAGUCAGGCGGAAAAGGUGGAGCAGGGCUAGGAUAUUAAGUUGGUGUACAAGGGCGGAGACUCAGACGGAGCUUCGCCGGUCUAACCAUGAGACGUAGAGUUGCACGCAGCAGUUUGAGAAUGGAAACUGUAACUCAAUAAAGACUUUUGUUUAAUGAUCGCUGGCUAGCGUGAUCCUCUGUGAGCUAGGAUCUGGAAGCAGCUCUGACAGCACCCAUAAUCAAAAUGUGCAGCAAAACGAACCCAUUAAAACAGAACAGCAAUUAAGAGGCAGAAAACAACAGAGUAAAGUGUAACAGAUCACCUUUAUUAGGUCUAAGAGGACAGCCUUUUUCUUUUUCUGUUAGGGUCCAGUGUGCUUUGAAGAUGUAGCUGUCUAUAUCACAGAUGAGGAGUGGGCGUUGCUAGAUCCUGACCAGAGAGCUCUGCAUCAGGAGGUCAUGGAGGAGAUUCGUGGGAUCUUGGACUCUCUCGGUAAGGCUCCCUAUUGGAUCAUCUUAUCUGCUUUGUAAUUCAUUCUCUCUAGGUGACAAACCUCUGAUAUUUCGAUGGGACUCAACAACACCACCCACAGCACCUGGGAUGUUAACACUCCCACAGCAAACCUUGGAUGGAUGGCUAAUGAUGGUUGCCCCUGUGAAUAUUCUUCCUUCUAUUCUGCCUUUGUGAAACAUGGACAGGCUCCUCUGAACUGCCCAGGUCUUCUUAAAUGUAGGCUUCAGAUUGGUUUGGGAAGUAGAAGUGGGUUCUGUCAGGGUUUUUGUUUCUGUUCUUGCUUCUUUCUGUCUUUGGUUGACCAAAGCUAGGAUUGGCAAUGGAGUUGGCAAAGUUUCCGUGAUUGGGCCUAAUAAAAUCCAUCCCAGAAAGCAGCCAGGCUUUUUGAAUCUCAGUCAGUGAACCUGUAGGAAGACCUCCCAUCUUCUCAGUCAUGGCAGCUAAAAGUAAAGGAAAAUGACUCCUGGACUGUUAAGUCCAGUCAAAGGCGACUAUGGGUUGCGGCGCUCAUCUCACUUUCAGGCUGAGGGAACUGGCGUUUGUCCACAGACAGCUUUCCGGGUCAUGUGGUCAGCAGGACAAAACCACUUCUGGUGCAACAGAACACCAUGAUGGAAGCUGUGGACCACCCCCCCCCCCAUUCAGAUGUCAAGGACACAAAUAUUAGAAGACUGAAGGCAGCCCUGUAUCAGGAAGUUUUUGAUUCUUGAUGUUUUACUAUGCUAUUAUAUAUGCUCUAAGCUGCCCAGAGUGACUGGGGAAAGCCAGCCAGAUGGGUGGGGUGUAAAUAAUAACGUUACUAUUACUAUUACUAUAUAAUUCCCUUCAGUUCUUUCUUUGUCACAAGCAUUAAUUGGCAUUACUCCGUUAGUUGGGGCUGCAUUUAUUCCUGAGGCUCUAAUCUGUUUGUCUCUCAGUUGCAGGUGGUGAUGAAUUGGAAAUGAAGAGUGAGGGAGACCACAACGAAAUCCACACAGUGGAGGAGCCAUAUCCAUAUUCAGAGUACGGAGAGAGCUUCAGUCAGAGCUCCCAUUCCACUUUCCAUCAAAUUAAUCCCAUCUGGAAUAAUACCUAUCAGUGCUUGGAAUGUGGAAAGAGCUUCAGUCGAAAGGACAGUUUCACUUUCCAUCAAAGAAAUCAUACUGGGGAAAAACCAUAUCGGUGCUUGGAAUGUGGAAAGAGCUUCAGUCGAAAGGACCUUUUCACUAGACAUCAGAGAAUUCAUACAGGGGAGACACCAUAUCAUUGCUUGGAAUGUGGAAAGAGCUUCAGUCAAAAAGGCCAGCUCACUGUCCAUCAAAGAAUUCAUACAGGGGAGAAACCCUACCAGUGCUUGGAAUGUGGAAAGAAAUUUACUCAGAGCACCCAUCUCACAAUCCAUCAGAGAAUUCAUACAGGGGAGAAACCCUAUCAGUGCUUGGAAUGUGGAAAGAGCUUCAUUGAAAGACGCCAGCUGAAUGACCAUCAGAGAAUUCAUUCGGGGGAGAAACCAUAUCAAUGCUUGGAAUGUGGAAAGAGCUUCAUUGAAAGACCCCAGCUCACUGACCAUCAGAGAAUUCAUACAGGGGAGAAACCCCAUCUGUGCUUGGAAUGUGGAAAGAGCUUCGUUAGCAAAAGCAAGUUUACUGUCCAUCAGAGAAUUCAUACAGGGGAAAAACCAUAUCAGUGCUUAGAAUGUGGAAAGAGCUUUGUUCAACGACAUCACCUCAUGGGCCAUCAAAGAAUUCAUACAGGAGAGAAACCCUAUCAAUGCCAAGAGUGUGACAAGAGCUUCAGUCGGAAGGACAGUUUCACUUUCCAUCUGCAAAUUCAUACAGGGGAGAAACCAUAUCAGUGUUUGGAAUGUGGAAAGAGCUUCACUCGCAGCAGCCAACUCAAUCCCCAUCACAGAAUUCAUAGUGGGGAGAAACCCUAUCAGUGCUCAGAAUGUGGAAAGAGCUUCAGAACCAAAAGCCAGGUCACCGUCCAUCAAAGAAUUCACAGAGGGCAGGAAUCCUUUGAGUGCCAAGAGUGUGGCAAGAUCUUCAGAAGAAAGGACAUUUUCACUUCCCAUCUGCAAAUUCAUAGAGGGGAGAUACCUUAUCAGUGGACAGAGCUUCAAUCCGAGUGCAUGUCUCACUUUCCAUCAUAUAAUUCAUACAGGGGAGAAACCAUAUCAGUGCUUGGAAUGUGGAAAGAACUUCAGAACCAAAAUCCAGCUCACCGUCUAUCAAACAAUUAA